UAUUUGCAAAAAUGAAUAACAACAUGAACCUUUACUCUUUAACGAAUUUUCGCAAAGAAAACGGUACUGGGGAUGCUAUGCGGAAUGCUCUUAUUUUAAUUGCGAAGGAAAUACAAAAGUUUAGAUUGGAGUCUGAAGCAGGGAAGCAUCCAAUGUAUAAAAAUGAUGCAAAUAUCGACAUUUUUUUGAAAAAGAACAGUAAUGCAACAAAAGUUGAUGUGAAAAAUAGACAGCUGAAAAAACUUAAAGAACACCUUUGGACCGUAUGCAAUGUUGCAAAAAUAGUAUUGUCAGCAAAAAACAAAGAAACGGAACAUCUCAUAAAUAAACUAAAAAACAUUCGAAAUGAAUCGUCGGACUUAUCAAAGUGUAACGCCGAAAAUCUGAAUUUGAUACAACAAUUGCGAAUGGAAAAUCACAAUAUGAACAACGAUGUGCAAUUUCUAAGUAACUUUAUCCAUAUGGCUUAUCAAAAACUACAGAAAAUGCGUAAUGAAAUACCUGAAGAUAUGCCGUUUAUAGAAGAACUCAAGACUAUCCUGCUCGCUUGUGGGCAAUACUAUGUAGACUAUUGCAACGCGCGCGAUCAAUGCGCUCAACUUAAACAACGCAAUCGAUUUCUGAGAAAUAAACUUAACAUUGUAGAGAACAACUUAGCAGCUACUACCGAGGAAUUGCGCAAUCUUAGAAAUAUAAACAUGAAUCUCAAAAUUAAAUGUGAAAUGCAUCAUAAAAACGAAAAAAAAAUCUCGAAAAAUCUCGAAAAUCCGAUCGUUAGUGAAAUGUUCCUUGAUACAUUUUUAGGCGAUGGGAAUAAAAGUGAUUAUUAUGGAUAUAAUGCGGGUAUAUCGAAAGCUGUAUGUAAACAAAAUAUAUCUAACAAAAGUCUAUGUUUUACAUCUCAUUUAGAAACUGUAAAUAAUCUCCUUCUAGAUCAGGAUAACAUGUUGAAAGAAUUAAAGGAAUUGUAUUUAGAUGUUCGCCAAAGUUGUAACUUUGAAUAA